AACAAGCCACAGACCAGCUGCUAUCAUGGUCACAACAAAAUGGUUUAAAAUUUUCUCAUUCCAAAUCAGCUGCCCUACAUAUUUGCAAACGAAAUAAUUGUACUCAUGAACUAAACAUACACUUCAACAAUACUCAAAUUCCAACCCUCAACACUAUCAAAUACUUAGGUAUUAACUUUGACAAUAAUCUCUCCUGGUCCUCUCAUAUAGAAGAAAUCCGAUCUAAAUGCUUCAAAAAAAUGAACCUACUUAAGAAACUUUCACACACCUCUUAUGGCUCUGAUCGUCAUACCUUACUCAAACUAUACCGCACACUCAUCAGACCAGUUUUAGAUUAUGGAUGCUCUAUCUAUACCUAUGCUCCUGAAAAUCGCCUUAGCAGGCUAAACACUAUCCAAAAUACAGCUGUACGGAUUUCCACUGGAGCAUUUAGAACUACCCCCACAGUAAGUCUCCUCAAUGAUGCUUCUGAAUGUCCACUUGACAUACGUAGACAGUACAUUUCUACAUCAACAUACUUGAACAUAAAAUCAAACCCAGAUUUCAACUUGAAGUUGGAAUAUAUGAUUCCUAUGCAUUCACUAUCUGUAAAAUUCCAAUCUUUUCUACAACAAGUAGAAGAAAAUAACAUCAAAAUACACCAUUUGCUAGUAAACCCUACCCCACCUUGGCAAUCUUUUAACCCUAUCAUUGACCUAUCUUUGACAGAAUUUAAUAAAAAUCUCACCAACCCCAUCAUACUUAAAAGACAUUUUCUUCUUCUUCUUGACAAGUAUAAAGAAUACAGUCACAUAUAUACGGAUGGCUCAAAAACUAAACAAUUCACUGGAUGUGCUAUCAUUCAUGACGAUAUCUCUAUUCCCAUUGCUCUCCCCUCCCUUUGCACCAUUCUCACUGCUGAAUUAUAUGCAAUUAAAUCUGCAAUAACAUAUUCCCUUGAUUUUUCAUUAAAUAAAGUUACAGUUUUUACUGACUCACUAUCAGCUCUUUUAUCAAUAAAAAACUAUAGGUCAAAAUAUUCACAUCCUAUAUCACUUGAAAUUAUUGAACUCCUGCAACUCUUCCAAAAUAGCACACCCAUACUAGGCUGGAUACCUUCACACUCCCAGAUUCAUGGUAAUGAGUUGGCUGAUAAAAUAGCUAAGCAAGCACACCUGCACCUCCCCCUUGCCAACAUUCCAAUCCCUCUAUCAGACCUAAAGCUCCAUUCAAAAACUUUAAUGCAUGAAGUGUUUCAAUUUUCAUGGUCUCUAAUCCCUAGCUCAAAUAAACUAAAAAGAAUAAAAAACACUACAUCUUUGUGGAAAACUUCUGAACAACUUCAGCGUAGAUCUGAAGUUCUUCUCACCAGACUCAGAACUGGUCACUCUCUUCUUACUCACCAAUUCAUAUUCCUCAAACAGCCUCCCCCUUCGUGCCCAGAAUGCAACAUCCCUUUAAACAUUGCUCAUCUACUAAUAGACUGUCCUUCCUACCAAAAUGAACGCUCCAGACUUCUAAAUUCCAAUCAACUUCAAGUCCUCCUUUCUGAUGACCCCACUCAUAUAGACAAUGUCAUUAAAUUUCUUUACUCUACUAAAUUAGAUAAAAAAAUUUAAAAUUUAAAAACCCAGGUAGCCCAUUUUUUUGUACUGAUUGUGACUUUAUUUCUAGAUAUGUAUAUACCCUAAUCAUAAGUUUGUCUUAAUAUAGGGCCCCUAGCCUAAGUUGCUGUAAAUGGCUCUUAAUAAAUAAAUAAAUAAAUAAAUAAA